AUGGGCAAGUACAUGCGCAAGAGCAAGGCCUCGGGCGAGGUGGCCGUCAUGGAGGUCGGCGGCGCGCUGCUCGGCGUCCGCACGCGCUCCCGCACCCUCGCGCUGCAGCAGCGCACCUCCUCGCCGCUCAAGAGGGCCGACGACCCGCCCGUCGACCCCGGGGACUACCUCGAGCUCAGGAGCAGGAGGCUCGAGAAGCAGCCGCCGCCGCCGCCGCCGGGGACCAAGGACAAGGAGCCAGCCGCCGUCUCCGGGUGGAAGGAGCAGGCGGCGGCGUUCGCGGCCGAGGGAUUCGAGGCCGACCUCGAGGCCUCCUUCGGGGACAACGUCCUGGAUUGGGACGCCAUGGAGAGGAGUACCAGGGAGACGACGCCUUGCAGCCUGAUCAGGACCUCGGACACGAUAAGCACCCCUGGCUCCGCAACAAGGACCAGCAACCCUUCGCGCCGCAGGAUGCAAACGCCCAUCUGCCGUUACAUCCCGAGCUCUCUUGAGAUGGAAGAGUUCUUCGAUGCUGCCGAACGACAGCAACAUCAGGCUUUCAGGGACAAGUAUAACUUCUGUCCUGCGAACGAGUGCCCGCUCCCCGGACGGUACGAGUGGGCGAGGAUAGACUGCUAAACCAGGAGCUCCUUACUGAUUCUGUACACCAAAUGACGAUUAGCAGGGAUAUCAAGCCUGAGGAGGCGCAAUGCAAUAGCAUUAGAGUUUCUUUAUCUGCUGUAAAAAUUUAGAGUUAGCCCACCCGUAGUAGCUCUCAGUGGCCGCCUGGCUGAGUUUCCUAGCCUCACUGUAACCGUUAACACCUCAAUUCUGUAACCGAACCAUCUGCUCUAGGCCUAGCUUAGCACCUUAAUCAUCUGUAUCUCGAUUCAUCAGUUAUCAGAGCUAAAUUUUCUCUGCA